AGAGGAGUGUAGGAGAGAGCAGAUGGAGUCUAGCUGCAUGCCUGCUGGACUGAGCUCGCCGAGACGGUCACACACGCUUACUCACAACAAAGGCCACGACUGUCUGGGUGCUGUUGUCUCUAGACUCACUGGUGUGCUCCACUGAAUACAGACUGUGAAGAAGCUGAAAAGGCUGUGUGUUUGGAACGGAGCCAAUGACCAGGAGGCUAAACUGAAGGAGAAUAAGGCCACAGAGAAUUUAUUAAAAUGUGGGCCAGUUUCCCGGAGCCUCUCUCUGAAUUAUGGUGGCUCAUACUGCAGCCAUGCCGGACGUGAAGGCCCCUCCACCAUGUGACUACCCCUCAGCGGGCUGCUCCCCCGGCCAAGGCCACGGCCUCGCGGGCUACACCUGCACCGCUGGUCUCACCAUGGAUCGGGAGCCCUGCCUCAGCCUCACUGACUUCCCCCUGCCCCAACCCCUCUCUGGCUUCAGAGGCCACAGCGUACCUCCCUACCCACCAUACCCUGGCCAGUGCCCCUUCAUACCACGGUCUAACAGCAGUGCAUUACUCACUAACCUGGGGCUCCGGUACUGCUCCACCAACAGUGUGCAGCACCCACCCAGGGAUCCUGACUCUGGGCUGGAGUUGGGGUCAGGGUCAGGCCUGGGGCUGGACCCAGGGCCCUGUUGGAACAUGAACCAAGGCUGUGGAACUAGACUCUACCGCAGCAUGGAGAACUUGAACUGGAGUAAUUCUGUGUCUGUACCAGGCCUCUACUGUUCCCCGUAUUGUGCCCCCUACAGAGGCAGUGUGGACAGUGGGUUCAUCUUCCGCUGCACUGCCACCAGCCACUGGUACGAUGGGCCCUCGGAGGGGACAGGGCCCCAGGGCUACGGUCCUGAGAGCCUGGCGUUCUACCCCCACCCCCGCCUGGGGAGGGGCCUAGGGGGGUUGGGGAGGAAGGACCUGCCCCUCUUCCCCCAGUGGCUGUUCCCCGGCGCAGAUGACUGGGGGGUGAACGCUACCACCAAUGGCAGGAAGGAGCUAAGGGAGAAGCUCCGCCUCCAAAGCGCUCGAUCGGCAGCGGAACCCCUGAAGCCUCUUCGACCUCAGGUAACCCCAGGCAGUACCACUCCCAUCCUGAGGGGGUGCUCAGAGAGGGACUCAUCCACUCACCAGAGGUACGUUGGGAGACCCCUGUAUGUCCGGCACCUCACCAGCCCUGAGAAAAUCAAGCAGGAGGUUCUGAGACGCCUUCAGCUCCGCCGGCAGAACAGCACCCCAAACCUGGCCCUCCAUGCCUCCCUGGAGACCCCUCAGACCCCAGACAUGGCCAUGUCCUUCCCCACCGAGUCCAUCUCUGUCACUGGAAGAAGUGCUGAGCUCAUAGCCGAGCGUAAGAGGCCCCCUAUGGGCCGCCUGCACAUCCCUACCUUCAAGGAGUUUAAGAGGAUGAGACAGAGAGAGGGAGAGAGUGGACAGACAGAGAGCAGGAGUAAUGCUACUACAGUAACAACUAUAGACCAACCGCCAGAGACUGGCAGUGGAGAGACUCCCACAGCCAGCACUUUGCACUCAUCCUCUCCCAUCUUCACUGGCCCUACUCCCCAGCUAAAAGCCAACAUUCAGACCACAGUCUCUAACAAACCUAUAUGCACAGGCCCUACUCCCCGCUCUCCCCUCCAGCCCUCCAGUAAGACCCAGGGGAAGGGGACCAUGUAUCAUACCCAGGCCCAGGACAGAAGGCCUAAUGUGGGACUCAGUGUGCCUCAGGCCUCCCAGGUCCCCUUCCCUCCUCCACACAGGGAGAGUGCAGAGGGCCCCUCCAGCUGCUGCCCAGCCCUGCUCCUGGACAAGACUGACCUCUCCAGCUAUGGAGCCAAGAUGUACAAGAUGAAGGAUGGGUUCAUCGGCUCCGCCCUGGACCUCAUCAAGAAGAGCUGCAGUGCAGAGAUUGCAGCGGCGGAGGCCCCCGUCAGGCUGUCAGGUGACCAGGACGACAGCACUAACAUCGCUCCCCCACCAGAUUUUCAAUCCUCCACCGUCUCCAUGACAACCGCGACGGCCUGUGGAGAGGAGGCUUGCGACAAGCCUGCAGCAGGAGGAGGAGAAGAACUAACUGCAGAAUGCCAGCACUCUGGCCUGGGCUGCAGGCGCUCCAGCUCGGACGCAGCUUAUGAACCGGCCGAAUCGGUGAGGGCCCAGCGCGAGUGCCGCCUCCGGCCCCACUACAGCGACCCCAUGCCGGCCGACGCCGCCAAGCGCAAACAGCUGGAGAUGAAGAUCGCUGCCGCUGCACGCCUCCACAGCCAGCGACGGGACAGGGACAUCGCUCCUGCCUCGGUGCGGGUCCGUUCUGAACCCCGCGGUGAAGAGCGUCUAGGGAGUCUGGGUGUGACGCGUGGUGGACAGCACCGCUGGAGCACCGUGAGCAGCCUAAGUGCCGACAGUGGUGUGGUGGGCCUGUGUGACGACCGCGAUGAUGACGACGAACCCCGGAGAGUACACCACAGUGGAGGGGCCGAGGUGGAACGGGUGGACAGCGGGAUUGGACCCUGCCUGGCCCACGGCUGGAAGAGACCCUCUGCCUCUCUCAGGGCCUGGGAGGCCCAGAGACCCUGCCCAGACUGUGGCCAGAGAGACGGGCACGGGGUGGCCCGAACAGAGGGGGAGGGGACCAGUAUGUGUGAGCGCUGCUCCAAGCUGAGGACAGAGAGGAAGGAAGCCAUCUUGGAGUUCCUGAACACAGAGUCAAGUUAUGGGGAGGACUUAAGGAUCAUCAAGGAGGAGUUCUACUGUCCCAUGCAGAGCGCCGGGCUGCUGACCUCAGAACAGCUGACCGUGGUGUUCAGCAACGUUCAGGAGCUCAUAGACGUCAACGAACGCUUCACUGAACACCUGCAGGACAGCAUUGACCAGGCCUUCGACCAGGGAGAUGAGGACCUGCUAACAGUGUGCAUUGGAGAGAUGUUCCUGGAGUUUGUCAACAUGCUGCCAGCCUUCCAGACAUACUGCCUGCAGCAGUCCACCUCUGUCAACAUGCUCAACACCCUGGAGAAGGAGAAAGAACUGCUGAGGAUCUUCCUGGACGUGUCCCAGAAUGACAACACAGCCCUGCGGCGUAUGAACCUGCGCUCCUUCCUCAUGGCUCCCCUUCAGAGGGUCACCAAGUACCCCCUCCUCCUGAGCCGCAUCAGCAAGGUCACCAUGGAGUGCCACCCCGACCAUGGCCGUCUCCGAGAGGCCAAGAGCCGUGUGGAGUCUCACCUGGAGCACAUCAACAUGAAGACCAAGCAGGAAGGAACCCUGACCUGGACUCUGCGUUCCUUUCGCCGCGACAGCCGCAAGAACCGCGAGGUCAUUAACAUCGAGAUGCGGGAGAUGUCCAUGAAGACUGUGGGCUGGGCCAGGGAGAACACACGCUUCGUCAUGGAGGGGCCCCUGCAGCUCUCCCAACCUGCAGACGGACAGUGGGUAAAGAAGGGCAGUAAAGGCCUCAAGUUCCAGAACAUCCAGAGUCUGUUGAUGGUGCGUACGCAGAAGCCUGGAGAGGGUCUGUCUCAGACGGACAGCGAGGCCAAGGUGGAGGAGCAGGAGCACGGUGUGUGGGACGGUGUGCUGGUGCUCAUCAAAGACAAGAGCAGUGGGAAGUUCACCGUGCUCAGAGAGCCCAUCCGCCUGGCCAACUGUGUGGUGUCGGCCGACCCUGACUGCGAGGACACCUUUGAGGUGCUGGACAUACGUAAGGAGGCCUUUGUUUUUAGGGCCUCGGAUAAACCCCGCACCCAGCAGUGGUUCCGGCAAAUCAAGAGGUAUACCCGUGACCUGGGACCGUGGAGGAAGAGGCGUAACGCGCUCCCCAAUAUUAUGAUGAACACAAACCAGGGCAGGUCCUGAGACUGAGGGACACCGUUUCCCUGGCUGGAUACCAGUGUAAAUAGAUGUACUACUACUGCAAAAAGAACUGACCAUGCUUCUGGAUGGUGGAGCGAUUUGUUUCUGAAGAUUUAGGGUGGGGUUUGUGAGGUUCCAUGUUAUGAUGAGGAUAGCACUUUUUUCUAAGAAAAACUGCAAUUGCACCAUACUGUAACGAAACGUAUGAAGGUAUAGUUUUUAGCUUCUGUCUAAAAAUGAUCAACCACUUGGAUGACCAAAAAAGGAGACUUGGUUGGGAACACUGCUGGCCUUGGUUGUCAAAACUGUUUGCUCUUGAAGAAAGAGAUGUUUUCAGUAUACUGACUGACUGGUGUCUGUGUUGAAAAGCAUGGUUGAAGUUGAUGAUUGAAAAAACAUGACUCUGUAAUGCUAAUGAAAAUGCACAAAUGAGUAAAAAACUACUGUUAAAUUAUACAAUGGGGACUUGGACUACAGCUUAGUAAAAAAAGACAGGAACUUUUAUUUUACCUGACUAAGGUAAGUCAAAAUCACUGGCCUCUUCCCCCUUUCUUUUGCCCUCUGUGUCAGUAGCAAUGUCCACUGCCAGCAGAGAUGCGAGAAAUGGCAUCCAGUCAGUCAGUGACUUCCUAUUAUGAAUGCUGUGCAGACAGUGUCUGUCAGACAGUUUGAACCCAGGGUUGUGGACAUACUUGUAUCAGAGGAGGCUGGUGGGAGGAGCUAUAGGAGAACAGGCUCAUUGUAAGCGCAUAAAUGGAAUGAAUGGAACGGAGUCAAACGUGGUUUCCAUAUGUUUGAUGUGUUCGAUACCAUUCCAUGUAUUCUAGCCAUUACAAUGAGCCUGUCCUCCUAUAGUGCCCCCCACCAGCCUCCACUGACUUAUAUCACUGUGCUGGGUGGGCUCAAGUCACAAAGAAGCAAUAAAUUGUGCAAUUUUAGCUAUUUAUUUUAGUUUCUCCACAUCUGGUCAGACUUCGUAAUUAUGGGAAAUCGAGAGCUUAUUAUUCCACCUAUGACUGGAAGUGAUGUUAUUGACACAAAUGAGCUACAGAGGUUAGGCCCUAGAAGAAUGUGCACUUGAACUUCAAGCCUAGGCCUGGUUUGGCCCCUACCAGUAUUGUCAACUGUUUAUUCAAACUCUCAAAGCCUUUACCUGUACCUGAAUGUGGUAGUACAGCAUGGCCAAAGUGGAGGUGGAAAGGCCUCAAACACGGGUCAACCGGACCAUGAGUUUAGUAGCUAAAGCUGACAUAGUAGCGCCAGUCAAAUGUCUUCACGGUGUGCUGUUCCAUGACAAUCAGAUGGGGAAAUUGUGAGCUUUUGUUCCUUGGGUUUUUAUUUCACUCUAAAUGAACAAAAAGCAUUUCUUCUGUUGCCAGUCACAGUAAUGUUGAUAAAACUUUGAGUAUCUGGAAAUGGUCAUCAAGUCAGACUGCCCUCUGCCCAUAGGUAGCAGCAGAAAGACACUUAAAAAGCCUGCUUACAUAGCCUGGUUAUACCAGUGUGAACACUGCAUUCACCAAUCUGAAAUUUAGUGAAAUCUUUUUGGAUGCCAGAAUUUACAGGCAGUUCUAAUCCCUCCAUCGACUGCUAGUGUUACUACAUUAUGUCAUAGUUUACCUGUGCCCUUAUCUCAAGUGUGACUUCCCUUCUCCUAAAAUCUGUUUUUGUGUCUGAUGUUUCUGAAGGCACUUUAUAAUUAAGACUACAAAAUAGAUCCAUAUUAUGGUGCGACUGUCACUCUUCAACAACGCUAUCUGCCAAUCAUGAUUUCAAAAGCUUUAUUCUGUUGGUUGUGUUGUUUAUUCACAGAACUCUUUAUGUUAGGGAAACAUAUAGGACCACAGCUGACUACAUACAGCAGGUCAAGGCAAUACUUCUUAUCAAACAAAUCUAACCUCCAUAUACUGUUUAGUCUGAUUAUGUUUAGUCCAGGAGUAGCAUAGGUCAAGGAGGUAGUGAAUCACUGUUUUUGGACAGAGAAUGAUGUACGGAGUAGACUACUGCCUGUCUCUUACUGUUCAUCACCUUCCAAUGGCGCUAACACUGUUACAAUCAUAGAAUUAGAAUCUCAUUCUAUUUCUAUUGUUUGAAUUCUUUCAGCUUCCAUCUUGUUCCACUAAAUGAUUACUACCGUAUAUGGGAAGACCAAUGCUGUGUAAACAUUUUGAAAAUAUCCUAGACCUGCUCGACUGUCAAAUGUUUUUCCUCUGCAUUUUAGACCUAAUGUCAUAUUUCCUUUAUGUAAGAUUUUGUGAAUUAUAUUAAAAAAUGACAUGUUAAAUACAUUUUUCUUUGUACUUUACCCAUUUCCACUUAUUGCUAUACAUUGUGCUUUGAGUCAUCAGGUAAGUCAUAUUCUGAAAUAGUGAAAGAGGUGUUCUUGUAUGCUAAUAAGGCGUGGUUAAUUCAUAAAAGGAACAAGGCAAUUAUUGGACUUAGGUGUUUGGACAGAAGUCUCGCUUUACGAGAGCAAUCAGUGAAAGGUGCUUCUUUGACACCAACUAGGACAAAUUCAACAAAACACCAUUAGCUAGAAAUAUUUACUUGGAACAUUUUAAAAUUCAGAAAUAAAAUACAAUAUUCCUUUAAAUCAGAUGGAAUUGUUUGUAAGCAAUCACAAAUACACUUUUUACAAAAACAAAAAAAGCGCAUAGGAAAAAGUGCAACAAUACAGUAAAUUAUAUUUACUACAAUUCAACUACAGUACAUACGCAUUAGAGGCAUAGAAGUUGGCC